AUGGCUGCCACCACUUUACAACGGUCAACAUGGGACUUAAAUGUAUGUGUUCUAAUUGUCCCAAUUCACCCCUGAUUGUCCCCACUUAUCUAAUAAUGGGCUUAAACCAAGUUUUAUACGAGGAAUAAGAAAACCCCUGGUCACAUUCUUGUCAUCAAGUGCGGGCACAUUCAAAAUGGCUGAAACCUCGAAGUUAGAUCGCAUGCUUUUGAAGAAAUAAUGUAAUUUUUAGAGACAAACUAAAAAUGUAACAAUUACCAACAAGUGAUAUUCUUUGCUAUUGCAUUAUAGAUGGACUUAAACUAAAUCUUGUUAAUGAGGUGUAACAGUUCAAUGUAUACUAUUUAUUUAAAAAAUACUUUUUUUUGCCAUUCUCAUUUAUUCUUUAUAAACAAUUUAAAGUUAAAUUACUAUAAAUAUGUGUCCCAAUUCACACCAGUGUCCCAAUUCACCCCAUUUUACGGUAUACCACAGUGUAGCUGUUCCUUUUCUUUACACGGAAAUAUGCCCUACUGUGGAAAACUUGUUCUCCACUCUUAAUUCUCUUGAACUUUUGGAAAGUACCAAGGGGAGUAGUGCCAAGAAGCUCUUGUAACCUUGCCUUGUUAUUCAAGUCAGGAAUAUACCUGGUCGCUGCACCCAGUCGAAACAUAUUUCGGCAAAGAAAGACAUAUCUGGAAGUUAAAAGUAAUUUAAAAUGUUGUCAAUAAAAAUUAUAACACAUGAAACAGGCCUUAAUUAAGACUUAAUUACUUUCUCUGAACACCAAACUUUAACUUGGAAUAAAUUAUUUCAGCUGGGGAGUCUUCCUCCAGUUGAAGUGCCAAUUGAGGUAACCUCUGUACUACUGCCAUGGACGUAACAAUCUGGAAAAGUGUGUAUAAAAAGUAAUAGUGAAAAAGAGGUAAAACUUUAAAGGGGUAAACAAAUAUUCAUGUUUCAUGAAGUACAGUAUGGUGGUUUAAUUAUUUACCUGGAAAGUUUUACCCAAUGCACCCUCAUGUGCCCUACUUUAGUAUUUUACUCUUUCUAAGACCAGAAUAAUUUACUUGUCAAGUGGACGGUGCUGCCACUCAAUGGGUUAAGGACAAACCCGAGAAAACUUGUCACUGACAACACACUGCUGAAAUUACUUUGAACUGUUCUUUAAAUUUGAUGUAACUUCAUAUAAUGUUAUAUGUGAGACAGGUCCCCAGUGAAUCACUUUGGCAGCUGAAUGGGAUAGCUUACUGUAUAAUUAUGUAGUUACUAUGAUCUUAUUCUAUCUUAGGCAUCCCCACAUAGCAAAUAUGACGGUGAUGAUCAUGAGUUCCAAAAUGAGACAACUGAGCUUGAGACAACUGAUGAUGAAGAAAAGAUUCCUGACAGUCCAAGCCUUUUCGAACAGAGCCUUUUCACAGCACACACUCCUCAAUCCAGUUCUUCAAACUCACCACUUCUGUUCAGCCGUCCAUCAAACUUAUCACCAGCAAUACCGGUAUCUAGAGUUCAUGCACCAUCAAAGGGCCAGUCAACUCCGCCUCCAUAUACACCAUCUGCUUGUGGUGAUGUGACAAAUUGGAAGGAAAUGUAUAGAACACUACAUAAGAAGUACAUCAAUAUGAAGGAAAAAGUUCGAAUAUUGGAGCAAUCAGUUCAAAAAG